AUGAUUCUUCGUGCAACGGGUAAACCUUAUCAUGCUCAAUGUUUUUCUUGUAUGACUUGUCAAAAAAGUCUUGAUGGUGUACCAUUUACUGUUGAUGCAACUAUGCAAAUACAUUGUAUUGAUUGUUUUCAUGAAAAAUUUGCACCACGUUGUUAUGUAUGUCAUCGAGCAAUAUUACCGAUACCUGGUGAAGAAGAAACAAUUCGUAUAAUUGCAUUUGAUCGAAGUUAUCAUAUAGAUUGUUAUCGAUGUGAAAAUUGUAAUAUUCAAUUCUCAACAGACGAAGGUUGUUAUCCAAUAGAUGAUCAUGUUCUUUGUCUUCAAUGUAAUCGAAACUAUUUACAAACAAUGCUUGGCCAUUCUUAA